CUGCCUCAUCGCAUCUAAUGGUACCUCCUUGGCAUUUUCUGGAGUAAACAAUUUGGAAGAGGCGACAGCGCGUCAGUGUUCACUGCAGGAUUCGCGUCUGGACAAAAACGCGCACAUUCCAGAGCGGAAUUUGGUUUUCCAAAUUGAUUUACUCCAUCCAAAAUGAUGAUGUUUUUGUUUUCUGUAUCAUAGUUUUAAAGCUCAAAGAUAAGUAUUUUGAGCAUGUUUGAAGAGCGAUUAGAUACGCGUUUUGAUUGAUUAUUUUUUAAAACAUCUGAAAAUGGAACAACAGCUCUCCAAACCCGAACGCAAAAACAUGGACGCGUGUCUGAGACGUCUGAAGCAAGAGCUGGUGUCCAUGAAAGAAGCGGGAGAUGGCCUCCACGCUCAGAUGAACUCCAUGAUGGGCGCCCUCCAGGAACUCAAACUCCUCCAGGUCCAGACCGCGUUAGAGAGCCUCGACAUUUCAGGACGGCCCAUUAACCGAGGCCCCCCGCCACCCACGUCCGCCCCUCCCGUCGCAUCGUCAGCAGCCCAACCCCCCGUGGAUGGGAACCCCGCCAUCCCUUGUCGAAGCCCGACUCCGCCUGAGGAGGUCGGUCCUUUCCCCGGCCCGAGUCCCAUGCUGAGUCCCAGGCCGUUGCCUGACAGCCGAGUCAGCAGCACCAGCCAGGGCGACGGGACGGGGAGCCGGGCCCCCCAGCGGAGCUCCGUCUCCUCCAGCUCCAGCCUGGGACGCAGCAGCAGCAGCGAGGGCACCGAGAGCCCCCAGAGAAGCCAAAGAAGCGAGCCCGAGGCGGUUCCCAGGAGGUGGUCGGGCUACACGGCCCCUCAGGUGGACUUCUGCGGCCCCACGGUGGGCAACCCUCCGCCGGAGCCCGUCCCCCACCCGUCGGCCCCCCGGCGCUCCCAGGCGCUGGACCUACCCGGCAUCCUGUACAGCCUGUCCCGGGAGGGGCCCUCACUGGACAGCGACUACUCCCAGGACAGCAUGGACGACUCCAGCGACUGGACCUCCUCGCUCAUGAGCCAGCGGCGCAACCGGCAGCCCCUGGUGCUGGGGGACAACGUCUUCGCCGACCUGGUGGGCAACUGGCUGGACCUGCCCGAGCUGGAGAGGGGCGAGGAAGAGGCGGCGGCAGAGGAGGAGGAGGUGCUGGAGGAGAUGAGGAAGAGGAGGGGCGAGAGGAUCACGGACCGGUGGCCGGACCGGCCCGACAGCCCGGCCCACCCGCUCCGCCUCAGCAAGUCCCAGGAGAUCUCCAAGAAGUUCUCGCUGACCACCAACAUCUUCAAGAAGUUCCUGCGCAGCGUGCGGCCCGACCGGGACAAGCUGCUGAAGGAGCGGCCCGGCUGGGUGGCCCCGGAGCACCCGGAGGGAGACCUCUCCAAGAGGCCCAAGAAGGCGGCGCCCAAGAGCAACGCCAGGGGGAGCUUCUACCUGCCCUUCUGGGCCGCGGGACAGCUUCAGCAGCAGCAGCAGCAGCAGCAGGGCAAAGGCAGGCCUGGCCCUCAGGGGUCGGGCCUGGAGAAGGGUCAGUACCAGCCUCGACAGCAGCUCCACCAACAGCACCACCCGACCUUCUCGGGGAUUUACUUGGACCGGAAUACGGCAGAGAGCCGGUUGGAGAGGACGCAGCCCCUGUUUGACCACAACACAGCUGUGUGGGUCUGAGCGCGGUUCCAGAACUGAAGCCAUGUGGCUACCAGACUGGCAACAGCAGCUGCUGCUGCCGUCGCGAGGACUUGGCCGCAGAAGAAGCAGAGACACUGACCCACAUACAGACAUUUUUUUCCUGGACUUGAUUGAGAAAGGAUGAACUUGACACACACACACACACACACAA